AUAGGGGCUCUCACAUACCAGGGGGUCAUUGAGGUUUUAUGGCUGGCAUCUGUUCUUUGUCAGCCGACCAGAGGUGUCAAAGAUUGGAGACCAUGACAUAACAGGUUUUAUUGUACAGAAUACCAGAACCUUUUCUUUGGCCCACUUAUAUAGGGGCUCUCACAUACCAGAGGGUCAUUGAGGUUUUAUGGCUGGCAUCUGUUCUUUGUCACAGAUUGGAGAUCAUGACACGUGGCCACACACAACAGCCCAAUUCUUAGUUUGGAUGCAGUCCAAACGUGGUGGUGGCACCGUCUCCCGGGUCAACUGGGCGGUGAGUCUCUGCCGGUCUUCCUCUUCCAGGCUGACCGAUUACCGUCUUGACCGCCGCGCGCUGCCGCCAUGUCCGCGAAGGGGACGGAGGCCAAGGUCUCUCUGACGGAGAUGCAGAUCCGGGACCUCCAACGUGCCUUCGAGAAAGGGAGCUUCUCCGACCUCUCUGACCGGCUCCGGGAGGCGCAUUCGGCCUUGGAGAACCUCCGCCUGGACGUGGCCAUCACCGGCGAGCCCGCCGUCGGCAAGUCCACCUUCAUCAACGCUUUCCGGGACGUGAGUGCCGACGACGAUGAUGCCGCCCCGACCGGGGGGUCCGCCGCCACCACCACCACGGCUACCACCACGGAGCCCCGUCCGUACACGCACCCGAAAUACGCGGACGUGAGGCUGUGGGACCUUCCGAGCAUCGGCGGCCCCGGUUUCCAGCCCCGGGACUACCUGCAGCAGGUCGAGUUCUCUCGCUACGACUUGUUCUUGGUCCUCUCGUCCGGGCGCUUCUCGGCCCUCCACGGCCGGCUGGCCCGACUCCUCCAGAAGGCCCAGGCCGACGUCUACUUCGUCCGCUCCCGCGUGGACCAGGACGUGGAGGCCCGGCGGCGGCGGAGGGAGGGUCCGGCCGGGUUCAGCGAGGCGGCCGCCCUGAAGGAGAUCCGGGAAGCCUGCCUGCAGGACCUCGCGGCCGCCGGGGUCAAGUCCCCCAAGGUCUUCCUGGUCUCCAGCCUCGCGUUCGGCAGGUACGACCUCCCGCUGCUCGGGGAGACGCUGUGGCGGGACCUGGGCCUCCCGCGGAGCCACUCCUUCCUCCUGGCGGCCCCCAACCUCUCCCACCGCCUCCUGGAGAAGAAGCGGGACGUGGUGGGGCAGCAGCUGUGGCUGGUGGCCGUGGUGGCCUGCGGCCAGGACCCGGAGCCCCUCCCCGAGCUGUCCAUCGCCACCGACGUGGGGCUGCUCCUCCAGACGCUGCGCGGAUACUGCGUCCACUUCGGCCUGGAGGAGUCCGCCUUGCGCAAGGCCGCCGCCCAGGCCGGGCUCCCGUUCGGCCAGCUCAGGGCCGUGGUCAAGGGCCCGCUGGCCGCCGAGGUCUCCCGCGAGGACGUGGUGGAGAGGCUGGCGGAGGCGGCCAGCAAGGCCCCGAAACUGCCCAAGCCGCUGCUGCCCGUGGCCUCGCAGGGCCGCUCUUUCGCCGCCGCCUACAACAUGCUCAAGACCUUCGUGGACGGGGCCACCGCCGACGCCCACCACGUCCUGCUCAGGGUGUUUGUGAGCCAGAAGCCCCAGGACGACGAGGCUCUGCAGAAACACCCCGAGGAGGAAUCCGGGGCCUGAAGCGACACCGGGGUCCCGUCUUACAAACACCACGGACGUGUUUCAGAGAUAAAGCAGGCGUGUGGCAGACGUGGUCGUGAGUCGUGGCUCUGUGGCUCCUCCUUGCUCUGCGAAGGCAAGGCCUCACCUCUCACGGGCUCUGUUCUUGUGCGUCCCGGGUUCGGAGGUGUUAACGUGGCAACCACCAAUUGGCAAGGAGGUGCCUCCUAUUUCAGCCAUGCGCAACCACCAAAGACUCAGGGAGGAGACCUUUCACUUUUCUUUUCUUUCUUCUUCACUUUAGAUGGCUUGGAGGUUGAAAAGAACAGUCACAAGUUUAUUCAGGCACAGAGCUUAUUUUAUUUAUUUCUCACUUAGAGGUACGCUUUCUUCAACAGUUGCAAUAAUAUAACAUAUGAUGAAUCCACUUUCCUUAGUGGUUUCAAUGUUAUUUCUCACUUAGAGGUACGCUUUCUUCAACAGUUGCAAUAAUAUAACAUAUGAUGAAUCCACUUUCCUUAGUGGUUUCAAUGUUAUUUCUCACUUAGAGGUACGCUUUCUUCAACAGUUGCAAUAAUAUAACAUAUGAUGAAUCCACUUUCCUUAGUGGUUUCAAUGUUAUUUCUCACUUAGAGGUACGCUUUCUUCAACAGUUGCAAUAAUAUAACAUAUGAUGAAUCCACUUUCCUUAGUGGUUUCAAUGUUAUUUCUCACUUAGAGGUACGCUUUCUUCAACAGUUGCAAUAAUAUAACAUAUGAUGAAUCCACUUUCAAAAUACUUUCUCCUUUCCUUGAGCAGUUUAAACCUUUUUCCUCCAACGGAUGUUCUUACUUCAACUGAUCACUACAGAUCUAACUGGAAUUAUUUAUUUAUUUACAGUAUUUAUAUUCCGCAACCACCAAAGACUCAGGGAGGAGACCUUUCACUUUUUUUUCCUUCUUCUUCACUUUAGAUAUUAGCGUAACUUAGUUUAGAAUAUAUGCGACAGAGGCUUGGAUGUUGAAAGAACAAUAA